AUGGCGGCCACGGAGGCGGCGGCGGCUGCGUCCGCGGCUCCGGCCCCGGGCGUCCCGGCCAUGCCGGCGAGCUUGCGGGGAGCCGCCGCCGCCGCCUCGGGCCCGUGGGGGCCGUCGGAGUCGCGGCUUCAGGGCAGCCGACCGCGACCGGCCAGGGCUCGGGCCGCGGUCCCGGUGCCACCGGCCCGGGAACUGAUCCAGCCGUCUGUGAGCGAGCUGUCGCGGGCUGUACGCACCAAUAUUCUGUGCACUGUGCGUGGCUGCGGCAAGAUCCUGCCUAACAGUCCUGCGCUCAACAUGCACCUAGUCAAGAGCCACCGACUGCAGGAUGGCAUAGUAAAUCCAACGAUAAGAAAAGACUUGAAAACUGUCCCAAAAUUCUACUGCUGUCCAAUCAAAGGAUGUCCUCGAGGCCCUGACCGGCCAUUCUCCCAGUUCUCUCUGGUUAAACAGCACUUUAUGAAAAUGCAUGCAGAAAAGAAGCACAAAUGCAGUAAAUGCAGUAAUUCCUACGGCACCGAGUGGGACCUGAAACGACACGAGGAAGACUGUGGCAAGACCUUCCAGUGUACGUGUGGCUGCCCCUACGCCAGCAGAACCGCGCUGCAAUCUCACAUCUACCGAACUGGCCACGAGAUCCCUGCAGAGCACAGAGACCCACCUAGUAAAAAAAGGAAAAUGGAAAGCUACCUGCAAAGCCAGAAGUUGUCCAGUAAAAGUACUGAACCACCGAGCGACCAGCCAGCCCCUCCCCAAGAUGCUCAUGAACUGGAAGCAGCAGAAGUGAAGCUAGUGGCAUCGCUUGAAGACUCUUACAGCAAUCACGCCAAAAAGCAGAGCAUCACAGCACCGUCCAGGUGCCCCCAGAAGCUGCUUUUACCAAAGCCCAAGGUGGCUCUGGUUAAACUUCCGGUCAUGCAGUUUUCCCCUGUGCCUGUCUUUGUGCCUACAGCUGACCCCUUGGCCCAGCCUGUGGUGUUAGGUAUGGACCGUGGUUCUGCGGCCGGAGCUGUACACUUAGUCCCCUUGCCGGUAGGAACCCUGAUCCUCAGCCUGGAUCCAGAGGCCUGCUCUCUGAAGGAGAGCCUACCCCUCUCGAAAGUUAUCAGUCCCAUUGUCGAGCCCAUCAGUACAGGUGUUCAGGUGAACUUGGGGAAAAGCCCUUGUAGUCCUUUACAAGAACUCGGGAGUGCGUGUCAGAAGAGCAGCCUCUCCUCAAUCAACGUGCAGACGGACCUGUCCUAUGCCUCACCCGACUUGAUACCUUCUGCUCAGUGGCUCAGCCCAGAUUCCUCUGUGUCAUCGUGUUCUCAAACGGACCUGUCGUUUGAUUCUCAAGUGUCCCUUCCCGUUAGUGUCCACACCCAGACGCUGGUGCCCAGCUCAAAGGUCACUUCAUCCAUAGCUGCUCAGACAGAUGCACUUAUUGAUGCCUGUUUCCAGCCAGGUGGGAUCUCCAGGGAAACCCAAACCAGCAGGAUGCGAGACCCCAGCCAUGACCCUGUGCAGGUGGACCCCACUGGCCUGUGUGGGGACAUCUUUGAAAGUGUCCAUUCAUCAUACAGUGUCCCCGCGGACAGCAUCAUGAGUAGCAGUUUGGUUUCAGAGACAGUCGCUCAUGGUCUGUUACCUCAGAAUGACCCUAAGGUAUUAAGCCAAGUCAUUGAAAAGUCUGCGCCUUUGUUACACUUCAGUGCCCAGAACAGCAUGCUUCCCUCACAGAACAUGACUGAUAAUCAGACCCAAACCAUAGAUCUACUGAGUGACUUAGAAAACAUCCUGUCAAGCAACCUGCCUGGCCAAGCACUGGAUAACCGCAGUCUUCUGUCCGACACUAACCCGGGGCCUGACGCCCAGCUCCCAGCAGGCUCAGCCCAGAAUUCUGGGAUUGAUUUCGAUCUUGAAGAGUUCCUCUCGGCCUCAAAUAUCCAGACUCAGACUGAAGAGAGUGAGCUCACCAGCGUGAGCACUGAGCCCGCUCUGGAGUCCCUGGACAUCGAAACUCAGACCGACUUCUUCCUCACAGACCCCUCCGCCCAGCCCUACGGCUUCAGGGCAAGUUCAAGCUUUCUGGGCCUGGAGAUGUUUGACACACAGACACAGACAGACUUAAACUUCUUCUUGGACAGUAGUCCUCACCUGCCCCUGGGCAGCAUCCUGAAACACUCCAGCUUCUCUAUGAGCACCGACUCAUCUGACACAGAGACCCAGACGGAAGGCGCCUCCCCUGCUCAACACACACCCGCGCUGGAGAGCAAGGUCCAGCUGAACAGCACAGAAACACAGACCCUGAGUUCUGGCUUCGAGCCCCUGGGGAACUUGUUCUUCACCAGCAAUGAAACUCAGACAGCAAUGGGUGACUUCCUUCUAGCCGACUUGGCCUGGAACACAAUGGAGUCCCAGUUCAGCUCUGUGGAGACGCAGACAUGCUCCGAGCUGCACGCCCACGCCGUCUCCAGCUUCUGAAGGGGCAGCCAGGCUCCCCUCCCCCUGUAGGUUUAGGACAUGGUGAAAGGACAGCCAUACCAACUGUGGAGUUGGUGGGGCAGCUGUUAAGAUUCUCCGCAGUUCUUGGCGUUUGUACUCGUGAACACAAGAUUGGUGUACAAAUGUGAGUGUAUUAUAAAGUGUAAGGUGUUGAUCUGAAAAGUUUCAGUGUUGCCUACGUUUGCUCCUGUGUAGCUAUUCUCUCCAUCUUAAAAAAAAAAAAAAAAAAAGCAUUUCACACUGUAAGACUUACAACCAUUUAGCUGAAGCCAAGCUUACCAGAUAGUAGGGCGCAAGCUUUGCAACCGCUUUAACCGAGUUUAGCGCGCUUAAACAGUCAGACAACGCUUGUGUGGCCCUGGCUCUGAUGCUGCUGCCCUUUGCCUUGUGAUGUCCGUUCUGACUUGGAAACACUAAGGGAAGCCACAGCUGUCUUUAGCUUUUAUGACAGUUUCUACAUCGUCACUGCUGUCCCUUCUCUCCCGAGCAGUGACUGCUGCCAGCUUUGUUUGCUGUCCAUUUCUCUCUCUGAGAGUAGCAAGCACUUAGUGUAACUAGCCGUCCUUCUAGUAAGAGUAAGGCCUCCAGACCAUGGAGUCGGCUCUGUGGAAUCCUGCCGUUUCCUUCAUCUCAGGCUCCUCCUGCACCAUGGAAAAGUUUUCCUCUCACUAUUGAUGGUCAAGAAGAUCCCUGUGACCAAAUUUAUGGGAUUGAUUGCCCAUGUCAGCAGGCAGCCAGUUGUGAGCACACAGUGGCCAGAGGAUCGUCACUCUGUCUUGGAGCUCAGGCCCCAGAGCUUCUACCUAUCUGUAAAUCGGGGUUCCUGUGACUCCCCACUCUUUGAGCUCAGUUAAUUUACUAGAGAGGCUUACAGAACUCAGGGAUACAGUUAUUGCAAAGGGUAGAGUGGGUACAAAAGGGGCAGCGGGUUUCUACACCUUCUCUAGGCACAACACCCACCAAGAAUCCGCGUUUUUUAGCCUUGUAGAAACCCUUCAAACCCAGGCUUCUGGGGUUAGUGGCUGCUUUGUUGUAUGGGUAGAGCUGCUUAAAUCAUUGCCACUAGUGAUCAACUUAACCUUAGGUACCACCCUCCCCAUUGGAUUGGGAGUUAGGGAUGAAGUUGAAAAGAAUCCCAAUCUUCCAAUCAUUAAUCAUGCUUUGGUCUCUCCUGUGACUUGUCCCCGUCCUAAUGCUACCUGGAGCUACCAGCUACCAGUGACCUCAUAGCAAGCAAAAGCAAACCUUUCUUCUAAAUAUUUUGGGGUUGGGGAGUGUUGUGUGCAAAUACAUACUUUAUUUCAUCACAUCCACAAACAUCCCAUUUGACAGUAGACCCUGGGGGCUACCCUACUGCUUCCUGUUAUGUACUUACAGGCUCUCUAAAAAUUAAAAAGGAAGAAGGAAGGCAAAGGCAUCCCUGUCAAGCCCCCUUUCAGUACUUUGCACUUCUCAUCUUGAUAGGAGGAACAUGGCCUACAAAAUCUUUCCUUCCACCCACCCCACCCUUUUCCUUGAAGGAAACACUUUGGUCUGGCACGUACAUUAUGUGUACCUUGAGACUAGCAAUUGUAGAAUAGAGCCAUCGAAAGUAUGCUAGUCUAGAUUCUGUUGUGAGACAUUCUUUAAAGGGGAAAGGUUGUAGACCAUUUAUUUGCUUCAAUACUCGAGAGCAUUUUGAGGGGUGAACGUGGUCAAGCAUGCCUUGCGGGCUCUCUGUGCUAAGUAGAUCAUGGAUUCUUAGGCAAAUCUGAGUACACACAGCCUGGGGAACCGUCCAGUCCUCCCUGGGAAGCCCUGUUCUUUCUGUAGCAUAUGCUUGUGCUGCCAAUAAGCUGAACCCUUAAAACCUAAGGGGACCGAUGAUUCCUUAAGUAAAUGGGGCGUUGCUGCUGUUGUGUCCCGCCCACCUUCUGGAAGGCCUCAGAAAUGGGCUAACACACCUGGCAGAUGAAUGCACCCCACUAGCUAAACAGUGGUUUGGGUCACAGUUGCCUGUGAAUGUGAGUUCAGAACAGACAUAAAGCCUUAACUUAGAUUUUCUGUUGUGUUUUGGAAUCAUCACUGCCUUAAUGUUCAAGCAUCUAUUAAGCCCUCCGGCUGAAGGAGAAAUGCAUGUCUGCUCGUGACUUUUUGUAAAUAUAAGUGCAGCGAGCUAUUGCCUUUAAGUUUCAGUUUUUGUUUCUGUGGCAAUGUCUCUUUAUAGUUACAGGAAAAAAUGGAGCAUGUAAUUGUCUUUCAUGUGCAAGAACUGUCCCGACAAACCCUUCGUCACUUGAAUUCUCCCACCGUUGUUUGUAAACACAGAUUCGGUGAUUAAAGAGAAACUAGAACUCUC